CCUCCCCUCACUUCGACUUCGCCCCCCCAGCGGCUGCCGUUCCCUCGCCGCGCGCCCCCCCCCGCCCCGGGAGCGGUGGUGCCUCCGCGUGCGCGCGGGGGGCAGGCUCCAGCUGCACCUACGCGCACUCGCGGGCGGAGCUGGAGCACGGCCUCAGAAUGGAGGCCGAGAACGCCAGGGCGGCGGCGAGCGCCGCCAGCUCGGUGCCGGGCGCUCCCACGGCGGAGGGCGCGGGCGACGGCAGCGACGUGGAGGUGAUCGACAAGGGCAGGGGCAAGGGGACUCGCGCGCCGCGGGUUCCGAAGACCGGCCCCGCCGUGGCGCCCGCCGGCUUCGUGCAGCGCGCGAGGGCAGCGGCCGCCGCUGUGGCGAGGGCGGCGAUGGGCGUGGGCCCUGCGCCGGGGCCUCCCGCCGCCGCCUCCUCGUUUCCCCCGGCGCCGCCCGCGUUUCCCCCGGCGGCUCCAGCAUCGUUCCCCCCCGCGGCUCCAGGAUUUCCUCCGGCCGCUCCCGGAGCACCUCCGGCCGCUCCUGGAUUUCCUCCGGCCGCGCCCGGCUUUCCGCCCGCGGCUCCCGGAUUUCCGCCAGCGGCUCCCGGGUUUCCCCCUGCCGCUCCCGGAUUUCCUCCCGCUGGCCCUGGA